CAUUUCCGAGAGGACGGAAGCACAUGCUUUUUAGUUCGAAACUAUGCCGUUCUUCCUACUUGGCGUUCUUUUCGCGCAGUGAAUUGUGCUAACCAAAAUGACGGAAGGUACAGCUACUAUUAGGACUCGCAAGUUCAUGACCAACAGAUUGUUGGCUCGCAAGCAAAUGGUUGUAGAUGUCCUGCAUCCUGGCCAACCCUCGGUUAAAAAAUCCGACAUAAGAGAGAAAUUAGCCAAAAUGUACAAAGUUACCCCUGAUGUUGUAUUCGUAUUUGGCUUCAGAACAAACUUUGGAGGUGGUAAGUCCACAGGUUUUGGUCUGCUCUAUGAUACCUUAGAUUUUGCAAAGAAAUUUGAACCCAAACACAGGCUAGCCAGGCAUGGUCUGUUUGAGAAGAAACAGCAGACCCGUAAGCAGCGUAAAGAACGUAAAAACAGGAUGAAGAAAGUCAGGGGUACUAAGAAGACCAAAGUUGGUGCAGCAGCCAAAAAGUGAUUGGUUUCUCUGUGCUUCAGAUGGACUGGAUUGUGUUGUGCUUUUAUAUGGACUGAUGGAAUGUUAUAUUGGUGUUACACAAUAAAUUUUAUCUGAGGUGUAUCAUGUUUUUGUAUUAAAGACUCUCCAGGAAUAUAUAUAUAUUUUAAGUUGAAAGUCUUAUUCCUCUUGAAACAUUUCUAAUU